AAACUUCCUGUUUGGCUCGUGAUACGCUGGAGGCUGAAUCUGCCGUACAAGCGCGCUGUGCUUGUGCAAAACAGUGCUAAAACGAAAGGCAGCAGUCCUGCCUUUUUCAGCAUUUCUAUUGUGUGAAGAUUUAAAAAUCAACAGAUGGAGAUUUUUAGGACCUCUGUGACCCUAGUAAGUCUCUGUCUCUUACAUAGCAGCCUAUCUGAAACACAGAGCCUGUGCAGAGGUAAUCUGCCGCCGGUUCAACACGUGGCGCUGAACAGCAGCGUCACCAUACCCUGUCCCGUUCUGACUGCUCCAGAGAUGGUCUUCAAAUUAUACAAAGGCCCAGAAGAGAUCUCUUACGUCCGAAUCAAUAAUACACACAUCAUCAAACAUAACAACGGCCCGAGGAAAGAUUUCUCUGGAAGCUUCAAAGUUAAUGAUACGAACAACAGCACCAGUUUUAUCCUGAACAGUGUAACAGUGAACACCACAGCCCUGUACACUUGUGAGGCUGAGAGAUUUUUUCCUCCUCCGUUUCAGAAAGUGGAGCACAAACCACAAACUAUUGUGUUUGUUGAAGGGAGACCAGUUAGAAAGCGUAACGGCUGUCAGCAGGUCAAUCACCUGGCUUUUUGGGUGGUGCUGGGAGUCAUGAGCGUAUACGGGGUGGUUAUGACUUGCACAGUUUUCAUUCUGCGGAUCAAGCUGAACGCUCCCUUCAAGGACAGAGAAUGCAGACGGAAAUGGCAGGGGGUUCAACAUCCAACCUGGCAGGGCUUUUACAUAGACACUGUAUGAGACUAUCAACAUUCAACACACCCUGCCAAGAACGACCACUGACAUCACACCAGACCACGAUGUUUCAAAAAGGGCUCACUGCAUUCUGAGAAAAAUCAACUACAUGGCCUUAUGUAUUAUAUUUUCAUUUAACCCACUAUUAAAUGUAGCCAAGACGUUGUUAGCUUCCCCUAGCAUGUGUCUGUGCGUCCUCUCUCUUUGUCUCUUUUUAUUGUUACAUUUAUUUGGAAAUAAACAAAACAACAAUAUUU